AUGGAACAUUUUGAAAGAGAUGAACUGGACGAUAGUGAAGAAGACACAGUAACAGAUUAUUCCCAGAUGAAUACAGCAACAAAUGAUAUAAAUAGUAUUGAUUCAACUGAUUUUGUGUUGAGAACAAUGCCAAGCACUACUCUAGUUCCUACAAUCAGCGUAACGCCUCAUUUAGCUGCUGGAAAAAAUUAUCCAGUCCUUGAGGAAAAUAUACAACAACUACAUGAAAUACACGAGGUCAUACAGCAAAUGCGUGAUUCUGCCACGUUAGGAUUGACACAUAUGAUACAAUUUUGUGGAAUAAACAACUCAUUAAGUUCUUCAUGCCCUUCAUUAAGUAAACCUCUUUGUCAGUCUGAAUUAGAUUCUUCCAGUCUCAACUCUUCUCCUACACAUACAGAUUUAUCUUCGACAUUUGACUCAAUUAGAAGACACAAAACUGGAUAUGUUAAACGCAAAAACUCUUUCAACUGGUUUAAUAUGGCUAAACAUUGUGCAGAGUCCAAAGAAAAUGAAAUUAUUCGGAGAAGAAGUUGGGCAGCAUUAGAUGAUUUAACAAAGAACCAUAUGCAUAGUUUAAAAAUUGUAAAACGACAAAAAAGUGCAAGCUUAAGUAGUAUGGAAUCUGAGACAGAAGAUCCAUUCACAAAUAGCACAGCAAAUUUAUUAACUACUGACAGUACAUCAUUUCGUCGCCAGAAGUCGAAUAAAAAUGUUGGUCUAAUAAGUCGCAGGUUUAGUGGAACUUCUUCUACACAUUCACUUAAUGAGACUGACUAUCAGAAUGGUUUUAACAAAAUAAUCGCCAAACGAGCUGUUGAAACUUGUUUAUUACAAGCCAGACUUCCUUUACAAAAAUCUGUUUCCACACCAUCAAUUAUGGGUACACGUGAUAUUUUAAACAAAGAGAAUGUUUCAAAUAAUGAUGUCAAUAGUAUUCCAAUUAAAUACAAAAAUCCUACCCACCAUAGAGGUCGUCCUAGUGGUACAGAAGACAGUGAGACUGAAGAAGAAACAUUGGAUGUAGAUAGUACAAUGAAACGUUGUUAUAUUACCCCUUCAUCUAAUAACACAAAUAUACCCUUCUACAAUUUGUUUUCUGAGAUGUCAGAGAUCAAAAUGCAAAAAGAAGAAAAGAGGAAUAACUUUGAACAGUCAUGUGAUUGGUGCGCAAAACCUUUAGAAAAUAAACCAGCUUUAUCAUGUGAAAGUUGUUUGAUCACAGUUGAGUAA